AGAAAGCAAUGCGGUGCCUGAUGAGGGACGAGACGCCAGUCCAGUCCAGUCCAGGGAUGAACCAAGACGGACGAUCCAAAAUGCUGCGCACGAGGGCUCUAGCGGCGGUAUAAAAGCCAGGCACACAGCCCCCCGACCUCGGUAGACAUUGUACAUUGCCCCUCGGCGCGCGCGCAUGUCUUGGGUUUUCCUCUCCCACACUGUUGUCUGUUUGUGACGGACCCAGAGGCUGCACCGCGUCUUGAUCCUCGCCGAGCUCGCGCGAAAGACGGACAAGCUGAGAGAAGCAGGCUCACCGAGCGUAGCCCGUCAACCAGAACGCAAGGCCGGCUCAUCGUUGUGCGCGCGCAUCAUGGCCGUCACGGAAGAGGUCGCGCGCGAAAAGGCGGGCAGCGCCUCGCUCAACGGCUCCAACGACAAUGGACGCGACGUCGCGGGCGUUGAGGGCCAGCAGUAUCUCGACGACGACGAGAUUGUUCCCGUCUGCCCUCCGAACACGACCGAGCGCAAGCUCCUCACGCGCAUUGACUUGCACGUCAUGCCCUUCCUCUGCGUCAUGUAUCUCCUGGCCUUCCUCGACCGCGUCAACAUCUCUAACGCCGACAUUUUCGACCUCUCCAAGGACUUGAACCUCGGCACCGACGGCUACAAGUUCAACACGGCCCUGGUCAUCUUCUUCGUGCCCUACUGCGUCUUCGAGAUCCCGUCCAACAUCCUGCUCAAGAAGUUCCGCCCACAUGUCUGGCUGUCCCUCAACAUGUUCCUCUUUGGCUUCACCACCAUGAUGCAGGGGCUCGUCCAGAGCUACAGCGGUCUGCUUGCGACCCGCUUCUUCCUUGGCUUGUUUGAGACGGGCAUGUUCCCCGGCGCCUUCUACCUCAUUGGCAUGUGGUACCGGCGUCACGAGGCUCAGAAGCGUUAUUCCUUCUUCUUCAACAGCACCACCCUUGCCGGCGCUUUCGGCGGUCUGUUGGCCGCCGCCAUCGGCAAGAUGAGCGGUCUGCGCGGCUAUAGCGGUUGGCGCUGGAUUUUCCUCAUCGAGGGCGGCCUAACCGUGCUCGUCAGCUUCUUUUUCUUUUUCCUGCUGCCCGACUUCCCCGAGGAUGUUAAGUGGCUCAACAAGGACGAGAAGGACUUCGUGGCCGCCCGCCUCCGUCUGGACCAGGGCCGAUCGGCGCGCGAACGCAAGAUCACGCUCAAGGACGUCGGCAACGUGUUCAAGGACUACAAGGUCAUCGUUGGCGGCUUCAUGUACCUCGGCCUAAUUGUCCCGGCCUACGGCUAUGCCUACUUCUCGCCCUUCAUCAUCCAGGGCUACGGAUACACCAGGAUCCAGACCCAGCUCCAUAGCGUGCCGCCGUGGGCUGCGUCGUUUGGCUUCUCCAUGCUCAUCGCCUUCUUCUCCGACAGGAUCAAGCAUCGCUUCCUGUUUUCCGUCUUUGCCACCUGCGUCGCCAUCACGGGCUUUUCCAUCCUGAUUGCCGUCGAUGACAACCGGGACCUACAGUACUCGGCGCUCUUCCUCAUCGCCAUGGGUGCCUACACGGCCAUGCCCAUCAUCGUCUGCUGGUUCAACAUGAACCUCGGCGGCCAUCACCGGCGCGCCGUCGGUAGCGCGUGGCAGGUCGGCUUCGGCAACCUGGGCGGAAUCGUCGCCGUCUACAUUUACCAGAAGAAGGACGGGCCUAGGUUCGUCCGCGGCCUUAGCGUGUCCCUGGGCUUCACCUGCCUCUCGAUUGUGGCGUGCUCUGUGUACGCCUUUGCCUGCUGGAAAGCCAACAAGGAGCGCAACAAGAAGAUUGGCGCCGGGCAGGAGCUUACUCGGGAGCAGAAGACGGAGCUCGGCGACAUGUCUCCUGACUACCGAUAUCUGCUAUAAAGAGUCAUCAAGGUUAUAUAGGUCAUCUGGACACUGUUAAUAUUGGAUAAUAAUUUACCUCUACUUAAUCGUG